UCAGGCCUCGGAAGCCGCGGUUACCCGCCUUCUAGGGAGGUGGGCGGAGCCAUGGCUGUGGCCGUGGGAGGGCCGGACGACCGUCUGCGGUGGGACUCGCGGAGGAACAAAUGGCAUCUGUUUCAGUGGACUUCUGUGAGGACUGAUGACUAAACUUCAUCUUAAUAUGGCAUAUAGAAGAGUAAAUGGAAAUGGACAUUCUAUCACUUCUAAACUUUCUCAUAAUGACUAUGGAAUCCAUCAGCUGCAUAGAACUGGAACACAUAAUAUCUGCAUGGUGUCUGAUUUUUUUUAUCCAAAUAUGGGAGGAGUGGAAAGUCACAUAUACCAACUAUCUCAGUGUCUGAUUGAAAGAGGACACAAAGUGAUAAUUGUCACCCAUGCUUAUGGAAAUAGAAAAGGUAUUCGAUACCUUACUAAUGGCCUCAAAGUAUAUUAUUUACCGCUGAAAGUCAUGUACAAUCAGUCUACAGCAACAACCCUCUUUCACAGUCUGCCUCUGCUCAGGUACAUAUUUGUUCGGGAAAGAGUCACCAUAGUCCAUUCACAUAGUUCUUUUUCUGCCAUGGCCCAUGAUGCACUCUUCCACGCCAAGACAAUGGGCCUACAAACAGUCUUCACAGACCAUUCUCUUUUUGGAUUUGCUGAUGUCAGCUCGGUGCUUACAAACAAACUUCUAACUGUAUCACUUUGUGAUACAAAUCAUAUCAUUUGUGUCUCUUAUACUAGCAAGGAAAACACUGUUCUAAGAGCAGCACUGAAUCCUGAGAUAGUAUCCGUCAUCCCCAAUGCUGUAGAUCCUACUGACUUCACUCCAGACCCAUUUAGAAGGGAUGAUAGUGUAAUAACUAUUGUUGUUAUCAGCAGGCUUGUUUACAGAAAAGGGAUUGAUUUGCUUAGUGGGAUAAUACCUGAACUCUGUCAGAAAUAUCCAGAUUUAAAUUUCAUAGUUGGAGGAGAGGGGCCAAAAAGAAUCAUUUUGGAAGAAGUACGGGAAAGAUACCAACUACAUGACAGGGUACGACUUCUGGGAGCCCUGGAGCAUCAGGAUGUUAGAGACGUCUUAGUCCAAGGACACAUCUUUCUAAAUACUUCUCUUACUGAAGCUUUCUGCAUGGCAAUUGUGGAAGCAGCAAGCUGUGGUUUACGGGUUGUGAGUACCAGGGUUGGUGGGAUUCCUGAGGUACUGCCAGAUAAUCUUAUCAUUUUAUGUGAACCAUCAGUAAAAUCUUUGUGUAAUGGCUUAGAAAAAGCUAUUUCUCAGCUGAAGUCAGGAACAUUGCCAGAUCCAGAAAAAAUCCAUAACAGAGUAAAGACAUUCUAUACUUGGAGAAAUGUUGCUGAGAGAACUGAAAAGGUGUAUGACAGAGUGUCUAGGGAAGCUGUGUUACCAAUGGACAAGCGGUUGAACAGACUGAUCUCUCAUUGUGGCCCAGUGACUGGCUGCACCUUUGCUUUGUUGGCUGUGUUGAAUUUCCUUUUCCUUGUUUUCCUGAGGUGGCUGACUCCUGAUUCUAUCAUUGAUAUUGCAGUUGAUGCCACAGGACCAAAGGGGGCCUGGACCCAGCAGUAUUCUUUUUGUAAAAAGGGGGAAGAGAAUAAAGAAAUUUCAGAAUCAAGGUAGAAAGAGACCUACUCUUCAAGAUUUUAAAUAUUUUAAUAAUUCUUUCAAAACAAUUUGAAAUUACUUGUUUUAUAUUAGUUUAGAAAUUUAUGCUACCUCCAGUUCAUAUAUACUAUGUUUAAUUUUGAGACAAGAUCCUGGACAUAUGCAAUUUCUUGAGAUGAAAAACUCUUUGCACUUGUUUAAAAUUCAGAAGGGAAAAAUUUGAGCUACUCAGGUAUAACACUUUCAAGACUACUGAAUUUACUGUAACAGUGGUGUUUUAAGAUUAUACUUUGGGGGCUGGUGGGCACUGAUGGGCCAAGCUCAUUAUUAUCUGGAGUUUUCUUUGCCAAUGUUUAAUAUUAUUCUUUUUAAUAUGAAUUUGAAGGCAUAAAGCAUUUAUAGAAUUUGCUUGAUGUAUUUUAAGUAUAGUUCUUGUAGCAUUUUUGGUAUAUUCAUUAAGUAUUAACUCUUCAUCCAUUGAGUAAGAUAGGCACCUUGACUAGUAAAGCAAUAUUUGUUGAGCACCUGUUGUGUGCUGAGCACUGUACUAGAUGUUUCCUAUAGAACACUGGGAUCACUUACUAGCAUAGUAGCAAUUUAUUACUGGUACUGAAAAAUAGCAUGCCUCCAAAUGUUUUAACAUAUCCCAAAAUAACCAUCUUAAUCUCAAUAAAUUGCUAGCAAGGGCUGACUGAAUAAUCCCUUUGGACUGUUGGAGACACUCAUCUAGGCAGUGCCUGUGUCUUUUUGUUUUUAUGUUUUUAUUUAAAGUCGGCUAUGGAAAAAAAAGCUCAUAUGGAUUUUUGUUUUUCUGGAAAUGCUAACUUAAAAAUUAAGACUAAGAUGUACUUUGCUUUUAAAUAUUUGUUAAAAAUUUUAAAUAUUUAUUUAAUAUUUAAGAAUAAAUAUUAAAUAAAUAUUUACUAGGGACCGAUAUCACUGUUUAGCAUAGGGCAGAGCACACUCCACUAGCUUUCAUAUAUAACUUAAUCCUUUUUCUGUAAAUGACUCCAUUUUAAUCUGUCUUCAGCAGAAUUUAAUGGUUGUUCCAAAAAUGCUGAUAAUUAUGACUAUCUGCAGUACUACACAUUUAAUUAUAAUCCUUUAGAUUUCCUUUGUGAUCUUGUUUACAUUUGAAUAAAUAUUUUGAAUGAUAGUAAUUCAAUAGUUUUUUCCUCUGGAAUUUUUGGUUCUCAAUAACUACAAACUGAAAAUUAUCAGGAGAUAGUCACUGUGUUGAUGGAUGUGGCCCAUUUUAUUUGUUUUUGCCUCAGAGCCAUGGGUUUUCUAACCCCAAACUAUCCCUAUAAUCUAUAUCUUUAAUUUAGUGAAUAUUCCUUUGAAAACUUGAGAAAUUUUUCUUGUAAAGCACUGUUUAACAUUAGAGAGAGGAUAUCUUGUGCAGAUUUAGAUUCUGCUUUCUGGUUGUGUACCAGAUAUUUUCAGAAAUUUUUAAUGACAACUCAAAAGUUAAGAUAGUUUUUAUAUAAAUAUCCUAUGCUGUGAAUGCUUUGGCUUCUUUUCCGUUGUGGAAUGAAAAUAACACUGCUGUUUUGUUUUUAUUGAAAAGGGUUUGGUGAAAAGAACACUAUAAGAUCUUAAAAUUAGGAUAUUUUUCUUCUGUUGAAGAAAAAUAUUGAUUAUUGGUAUUAAGAAACCCAAAAGUCUUGACAUUGACAUUUCCUUUUAUUAGACUAUGCUGGAUGAUAUGCAUAUGAAAUGUGAAUGUCAGUAUAUUGGGGAGAAAAAUUGUUGAGAAAAUGUUGAAUUUUGGUUUUAUUGAUGUCAUUAAUCAACUUUUGAAAAAGCACGUUGAAUUUUGGUUUUAUUGAUGUCAUUAAUCAAUUUUUUAAAAAAGCAUACUGUUAUCUUUCCCUAAUUUUUAACAUUCCUUUUGAAUCAUUCUUUAAAAUUGUCAAAUUUUUAUGCCUUAAAUUAAUGUAGAAAAGACUUCACAAUUCCUUAACAUGCCAAACAUUGGAAAUUAAAAUAAUUUUUCUUGGGUUUCUUCUUUAAAAAAUCAAGAAAGAAGUGAAACUCCUUCUUUCAGAUUCACAUUUCUUAUGCUUCACAAAUAUACUUAUUUUUAACUGUGUUACAACUAUUGUACUGGUCAGUAUCUAAAAACAUACAGUGUUGUUUUUCUGUUUAUUCUGGUAUUGUAAAAAAUAAGUAAAGGACUGAGAAGAAAUCCUAUGCUGAUUUGCAUAUUGAAGAAGUAAAAUUUGCUUAGUGGAAAAAAAUAGUUUAACAUUCUAAAAACAGUUCCUUGUUUUGCCAAAAAGAAAAGUAGGUAGUUCAAGAUGAGAACUCUUAGAUCAUCAUUUGGUGGUGGUUGGUUAGGAAAGCCCCUUAAAUUAGUUAUGCAACACCUUUUUAUUUCCAGUUAUGUGAAAAAGCAUUUUGUACCUGUAUUCUCUGCUUUAAACAAGUGCUCAUUUUCCUUUAUAACAGAAAUUUAUUCCCCAAAAUGGAAGAUGUUUUCUCUCAUAUUUUUGAACUACAUAAUUGCUGUACCAUGUGAGAGAUUUUAAGAAAAAUUUAUAUUUAGGCUUAGUUAACCUAAGUUAAGCUUUUUUAUACUUUCUCUCUUUUUUUUUCCUGAAGAGAAUGCUAUGGAUAAGACUGAGUGAGAACCUUACUUGUCACAAAUGAAUUAGUUUAGAUUUGUAAAAUUUUUCUAAAUAUAGAAAGGAUGCUUUGGAGCAAAGAUUAAAAUUAAAAAAAAAAAAUCCAACAGAGCCAGUUUAGUCAUUAAAACAUCACAUGUUUUACAUGUAUACACAUGUAUGCAUUCCUAUUUUCCACCAGACAUUUGUUUGCCAUUGUACAAAUUGGUACUUACUUUUAUGAAGUAUUUUUAAAAGCCUCUACAGUAUUCAUUUAUUUCUCUAUCUGUUCUUAAGAAAAUUUAGAUGGAUUAAUAUUGAACUAUAUUGUGAUUAGGGUUUUCCAAAUGAAAUUGUGAAAAUUAAAGUUUUUAUAACGAA